GAGCACGCGCCGCGCCGCGCGCAGGGUUUGCGCACAGAGGACGUGCAUCGAGGGCCCAUCAUCGGGCAGGAAGGAUGCAGUGAGAUCGUGCUGUCCAGCCGAGCUCUUCUGUCCGACAUGAGCGUGCUCCAGGCCGGGCUCGAAGGCAGGGUGGGCGGCGGCUCCCCCAGGCUGCAGCAGCGCGCGCAGCCUCCCAACAGCAGCAGCCGCUCCAAGGAUCCCAGGCAUCAGCAGCAGAGGCAUCAUGGAAGCUCGAUGCUGAAGCAGCCAGCCCAGAACGAGCCGGCGGACGCAGUGAGGCGCGCGCUGGACUUCAAGAGCCAGGGCACCCAGUGCUACAAGGACAAGAAGUACCGAGAGGCCAUAGGAAAAUACCACCGCGCACUGCUGGAGAUCAAGGGGCUGUGCAGGCUGCUGGGGGAGCCAGAGUCCCCGGCCCCCCUCCUGCCCCCCAUCAGCAGGUCCAGCACGCUGACAGAUGAGCAGAAAGGAGCCAUGGAGAAUGCAGAGCUGGAGUGUUACAACAGUUUGGCCGCGUGUCUUCUGCAAAUGGAGUUGGUGAACUACGAGCGAGUGAAGGAGUACUGCCUGAAAGUCCUUCACAAAGAAGGAAAGAACUUCAAAGCUCUUUACAGGUCUGGAGUGGCCUACUACCACCUUGGAGACUUCCAGAAGGCCCUGGACUACCUGAAGGAGUCACACAAACAGGAGCCGUCAGAUACCAACGUCAUCCGCUACAUCCAGCUGACAGAGAUGAAGAUUCGCCGGAAUGCCCAAAGGGAAAAGAAAGAGGCAACAUAAGCACCGACUUCCUGAUGACCUCUGACCUGUCAUAAGUUUCAGGCCUACCGUGUGCCCCCAAACCUUAAACACCGUAAAUGCAAGGUCUUGUUGAGAAACUGUAACGUUUGCUUCGGCCUUGCUGCACAUGGUUGGCCUUUUUGUUAUUGAACUGUAUUUUUGUGCACUUAGUGUUCUUUGUUCCUUUUGGAAAUACAAAUCACGCCAGACAGAACUUCACUGAAAUAGAGAUGUUGAGAUGUCACCUCACAGCCUUUCUGGGUGGAGUUUACAUGCUCUCCUCCCACAGACUGACACUCCACGUUAGGUGCAUGGUAAUGGUUGUCUCAUUUGUCUGUCCUGUCCAGGGUGUCCCCCGUCUUUCACACAGUAGCUGCUGGAGAUGGACACCAGCAAACCACAACUUGGAAAAGAGAAGUGGGUAAAGAAAGAAUGGCUGUCUGGAUGAAAUGACCACCGAUGGCUCUAGAUGAGAUCUUUGUUCAGGGGGACAAGUAUGGCACCUAACAAAAUGGCUGCCAAUAUCCAUGUGGAAGCCACACCCCAUGUGUGCAGUUUACCGUCAUCAGUUCAAAAAUACACAUCGAUCACUUAUUUAAUGAAAGAAACGCAUCAUGCAUGUGACGGAAGGAGAAAGUGUCCAGCUGUAAUGAGACUACAAAAAAAAAAAAAAAAAAAA